UCUGGGUGGGUUCGCGUCGCGGUGGUGCCUUCUACGAUUUAGUCAUCGCUUUAUGGAGCGCAAAUUGGAAGGGAAUGGUGAUGGUGAACAACCCCUCGCAGCAGAACACUCAACUCGACGCGCAGUUGCUGUUGGAGCUGGGUCGGUAUUUCAAGUUCCUGACGCUAUCGGGAACGAAUCAGUUGCACUUGAAUCGCGCUAGUAUAUCGUGGUGUCGAGAGCGUGGUAUAUCGUCGUUACAGUCGCACGUCACAACAAUCGCUCCCCGGUCCUCAGCCAUGUGUUUGUGUUGCGGAAAUCGAGAAGGAUACGAUAUCGACGAUGCCAACUUCGGCAAGUCGUACAAGGAAAGCUUCAGCACCAGCCAGACGGCUGAAGUGGGAUCUGCUCCGGUCGUGAUAGUCAGUCAACCGACGAACGGUGCAACGGUUCCGGCUAGUGAUUCCACCCAGGAUGCUCGAUGAAGCAGAAACUACACGCUGCAACCGGUUGCAUUUCAUCCCUUCGAAUAUUAUACAUCGUCAUCAAUAGGCAGCGACGCCUUUUAACAGCAACGUGAUUCCGUUCCGGCAUUAAGCAGCAAACUAUAAUCAUCACGACACGACAGAUGAUGCCAUCGAGUGUGACCUUUGUGGAACGAUUAGCGGAAUUAGAUAAUCUAUUUCAAUUAAUUUUUAAAGACCACGGAAUAGCCACUAUGUCAAUAAACUAAACUAAAGACAAACUAUUA